UCAGCUCAGCCAGUCAACAAUUACCCUCAACCCAAUCAGGGCGGAAAUGUUGGAGCGGCCCAAGGCAACAUGUGGGGCAACGGGCAACCUCAAGACAUCUGGGGCUCAAACUCAGGGUUUCAGGGAGGCUUCGCGAGUGGUGACCCUGGCGCACUGUGGGGAGGCGGGCUGGGAGGCAUCAGCAGUGACCAGGUGUUCAGCAGACAGGGCAACAACUCGGUGUGGGGAAACAUUGGCGCAGACAGUUGGAACAUGCAGGCCCAAAGCGAAGGGCAAGGGUCUUCUUGGAAUUCCGCCUUCAAGGUCCCGACGGCUUCAUCGAUGAACCCCCCGUAUGCCGCCAACUCUUCUGACUUCCCGAUCACCUCCGCCGCGAAGGUCCCUGGGCAGGCACAGCAAGGAGAUCCGAAUUCGACCUCCCCUCCAAAGGCGGAGAAGCCGAGUGUGGUGCAGGUGAAAGUGAAAUUCACAGAUGACCGGGAGGUGGUUGUGGGACUGAGCCCGCAAGACACGGGGAAGCAAUUUCGAAUGAAGAUCAAAGAGUUGACAGGGAUCCCAGUUGCUGCACAGAGGCUGGUGUUCCAGGGCCAGAUGAUAGAGCUGAAUGACACUCUCGACAGAAAGAAAAUCAAGAACGGUGUCGUUGUGAACUGUUUCCUCAGGGAGGUGCAGGAUGGUGAUGAAGAAUCGUUGCUGUCUCAAGCGGCUCCGCAACAUGUUCCGCAGUACGCGCCGCCGAUGGAAACAAACAUUGGAGCUCAAUCCUCCAGGAGUUACGAGGAUGACAAGCAGAGUGAAGAUGACUCGCAAACGAG